AUGUUAGCCAGGGGUGGCUUGCGUCUGCCAGCUUUAGCCAAUCCCAGCAGCCUGUGGAUCCUCUCCACUACCAAGGAUGGCCAGGUCCCCGGCUACCGCAGGGUUUACACAGCCGCUGGCGAGGUGUACCCUCCUUCCCUCCAAGGGAAGGUGGCCCGGUCCUUCAGCGAGCUCCCAGGCAACUGGAGAACAGGCUGGCUUAACCUCUUUCACUUCUGGCAGGAGGGUGGCUUCCACAACGUCCACAACAUCAUGAUCCACAAGUUCCAGAAGUUUGGACCCAUUUACAGGGAGAAACUCGGCCUCUACCAGAGUGUGAAUAUCAUUAACCCCGAAGAUGCUGCUACUCUCUUUAAAUCGGAGGGCAACUACCCAGAGAGGUUCAUGGUGCCACCUUGGGUGGCCUACCGUGACUUCCGCAACAAGCCAUAUGGAGUGCUUCUCAAGAAGGGAGAGGCGUGGCGCUCCGACCGCCUCAUUCUGAAUAAAGAGGUCCUGUCCCUGCAGGUGAUUGACUGCUUUGUGCCCCUGUUGAAUGAGGUGGGCGAGGACUUUGUCAAGAGGGUCCGAGUCCAGAUCGAGAAGAGUGGCCGGGGGAGGUGGACGGCCGACCUCACCAAUGAGCUGUUCCGCUUCGCCCUGGAGUCCGUGUGCAACGUCCUGUAUGGAGCACGCCUCGGGCUCCUGCAGGAUUUAAUUGACCCCGAGGCGCAGAAGUUCAUCGAUGCCGUGACCCUGAUGUUCCACACCACCUCACCCAUGCUCUACAUCCCGCCCAGCCUGCUCUGCAGGAUCAACUCUAAGACCUGGCGGGACCAUGUGCAGUCCUGGGAUGUGAUUUUCAGGCAUGCUGACAAGUGCAUCCAGAACAUCUACCGAGAGCUCCGGCUGGACCGGAAAAGCACCAAGGAAUAUACUGGGAUCCUGUCCAGCCUCUUAGUACAGGACAAGCUGCCCAUCGAUGACAUCAAGGCCAACGUGACAGAGAUGAUGGCGGGCGGGGUGGACACAACCUCCAUGACCCUCCAGUGGGCCAUGUUCGAACUGGCUCGCACUCCAGUGGUGCAGGAGCAGCUGCGGGCGGAGAUCUUUGCGGCCAGACAGGCAGCACAGGGUGAUAUGCUGAAGAUGUUGAAAGCCAUCCGGCUGCUCAAAGCUGUCAUCAAGGAAACGCUCAGGCUCCAUCCAGUAGCAGUGACCCUACAGAGAUACACAACACAGGAGAUUAUCCUCCAGGACUAUUUCAUCCCUGCCAAGACUCUAGUGCAAGUUGGAAUUUACGCUAUGGGCCGUGAUCCCAAGUUCUUCACCAAGCCAGAGCUGUUUGAUCCGGCAAGAUGGCUGAAAAUGGACUCUACAUACUUCAGGGGGCUGGGCUUUGGCUUUGGGCCACGCCAGUGCCUCGGUCGCAGGAUUGCUGAGCUGGAGAUGCAGCUCUUCCUGAUCCAUAUGCUGGAGAACUUCAAGAUAGAAACCAAGAGAGGAGUGGACAUUGGUACCAAGUUUGACCUCAUCCUGAUCCCAGACAAACCAAUAUGCCUUACGUUACGGACCCUGGACUCCCAGCCAUGA